GUGCCACCGUGUCCAAAGUGAGAAGACCCAGACGAUACUUGAGUCUGUGGCUGUCUUGUUUACAGUGGUUGUGCCAGGCCUUUGAAGACCUGUGGCAGACAACGUGUUAAGGUUUUAUUGCUUACCUUUAUUAUUUCGUUACAAGGGUCAGUGUAUGAAUCCAAUCUGGAUCGAGGCGGCAACAACAGGAAGAAGAAGAUAGAGGAAUUCUCUAGAUCUUCUCGGGAGAAACUAGUCCAGUCAAAGAACAAAAUGUUUUCCAAAUUUACGUCCAUUCUUCAACAUGCUGUUGAAGCGCUUGCCCCGUCGCUGCCCUUGCAGGAGGACUUUGUCUAUCACUGGAAGGCAAUUACACAUUAUUACAUCGAGACAUCUGAUGACAAAGCUCCAGUCACAGACACCAAUAUCCCAUCCCACCUGGAACAGAUGCUGGACAUCCUGACCCAGGAGGAAAGGGAGAGGGAGUCUGGAGAGACGGGACCCUGCAUGGAGUAUCUCCUCCACCACAAGAUCCUCGAGACUCUCUACACCUUGGGAAAGGCAGAUUGUCCUCCGGGGAUGAAGCAGCAGGUGCUCACCUUCUACACAAAGCUGCUAGCACACAUUCGUCAACCUCUCCUGCCACACAUCAAUGUCCACAGACCUGUACAGAAACUGGUCCGUCUGUGUGGAGAUGUGCUGGCUGCUCCUACAGAAAACGAAGAGAUUCAGUUCCUCUGUAUAGUCUGUUCCAAACUGAAGCAGGACCCAUACCUUGUCAACUUCUUCCUCGAGAACAAAUCAAAGCGACCUGAGGCGAAGAGACCUGCAGAGACAGAGGCGGGGAAGGACAAUGUGUUGGAUCCAGACACCGGUCAGUCUGCAGCAAUGGGGAGGGCUGACCACCCAGAGGAAGCUGCAGCUGCUGCCUCCACCUCUAGUCACAACAAUAACGGCAACAAUUACAAUCUCGUCACAUCGCUGCUCAACCUCACAAAGAGCCCCGAUGGCAGGAUAGUGGUGAAGGCAUGUGAGGGUCUGAUGCUGCUGGUCAGUUUGCCAGAGCCUGCAGCUGCCAAGUGUUUAACAGAAAACACAGGGCUCUGUGAGCUGCUGACUGACAGGCUGGUGUCCUUCUAUAAAGCCCUGCCACAGUCCAUGGACCCCUUGGACAUCGAGACGGUGGAGUCUGUUAACUGGGGUCUGGACGUGUAUAACCUGAAGGAGGAUGCUGCUAUCUUCACAGGAAAGAGGCCUCUCAUCUCCUUCCUGUCGUGGCUAGAUUACUGUGACCAGCUCAUCAAGGAGGCUCAGAAGUCAGCAGCAGCAGUGAUGGCAAGAAAUGUGAGGGAAAGAUUCUUUGUGUCUGUGAUGGAGCCGCAGCUGAUGCAGACGUCGGAGGUGGGCAUCCUGACCUCCACGGCCCUGCUGAACAGGAUCAUCAGGCAGGUGACCUCAGAGGCUCUGCUGCAGGAGAUGAUCUACUUCCUGCUGGGAGAGGAGACGGAGCCAGAGACCGCUGCGACUGUGGCUCAGAAUCCACUGCGACACAGACUCAUCGAGCACUGCGACCAUCUCUCAGACGAGAUCAGCAUCAUGACGCUGCGGCUGUUUGAGCAGCUGAUCCAGAAGCCCAACCAGCACAUCCUGCACAGCUUGGUGCUGCGCGGCCUGGGGGAGAGGAACUACCUGGAGAACAAACCCCAGGAGGAGCGGGAGUCCCUGGAGAAUGGGCUGCCCCACGAUGCUGUAGACCUUGAGGAGGAUCCACUGUUCGGGGAUGACCUUUCUCCUGAUAGCAGGCUGUCCGGAUCUGAUUGGCUCAGCUCCUCUCCACCACAGAGUCCCGACAACUCAAAGUCUGACGGCAAGACGGAGGUCCACAAGAUCGUCAACAGUUUCCUGUGUUUGGUGCCUGAUGAGGCCAAGUCGUCGUAUCAAGUCGAAGGCACAGGCUAUGACACCUACCUCAGAGACGCUCACAGACAGUUCAGGGACUAUUGUGGGGUCUGCCAGCGGUGGGACUGGAGGGGGAAUCCAAAACCUUUAGAGAAGUGUAACCUGGACAGCCCAUUCUUCGAGGGCCACUUCCUCAAGGUUCUCUUCGACAGGAUGGGCCGCAUCCUCGAUCAGCCCUACGAUGUGAACCUGCAGGUGACCGCUGUGCUCUCCAAGCUCUCCAUGUUCCCGCACCCCCACCUGCACGAGUACUUGCUGGACCCUUACAUCAACCUGGCCCCCGGCUGCAGGUCCCUGUUCUCCGUCAUCGUCAGGGUGGUGGGAGAUCUCAUGUUGAGGAUCCAGCGAAUCCCAGACUUCACCCCCAAACUGCUGCUCGUCAGGAAGAGAUUAUUAGGUCUGGAGCCGGAGGGCAUCAAUGUGGACCACAUGACUCUGCUGGAGGGCGUGAUCGUGCUGGAGGAGUUCUGCAAGGAGCUGGCGGCCAUUGCCUUCGUCAAAUACCACGCAGCAGCUUCCUCCUCCUCCUCACCGUGAGCCCUCCCACCUGUCAAUCAGCCAUCGGGGGGGGGGGCAGGUCAGAGGUGAACUGGGCCUGUGGGGUGUGGCGGUCCCACUGUAACAGGGUCAGCAGAACUUUACCACUAACUGCUGUCGCUGUAAGACUGUUAAAGCCCCCCCCCCCUCCUCUUCAACAGUCUUUGGUCCUGUUUUUGUUUUUGAGACGGUCAGAGCACAGACACUACACCACCACCCCCCACCCCACCCCCCAGCGGAGAGGAGGAGGAGGUGCA